AAUUGUUAGUGCAAUGAAUUCAGUGAUGACAAGAAAUGAAAAUACAUUAAUCAUAAUGUCCGUUAACGGUGACAGCAGAAGCACUUCGCCAGUGUCUCCAACUCCUUCGAGGGAAAUCCGGGGCCUACGUUUGUUUAGAGCCAUCAGUCGAAAGUUGACCAGGCGCUCGCAUGAAGAUUUUAACUUCCAAGUGGAUGCCGACAGCAGAAGUUCAAGUUCUGACUCGUGCUCUUCCACGUCUGCAGGACAUUGUUCAAGACUGACAAAAUCGAAAAACUGCUCAUCAGAGUUUGAAUCCAUGUCUCCUAAUCACAUGUCAAGUAGUUCUAGUGAUGCGGGAAGCGAUGUUACCAUAAGACUUAGACACCAUCACUCUACAUCAGCAGAAAGUAUCAGAAAAGUAUUCCAAAACCUAAACAUCAACACAAGAUCGCAAAGCUGCAAUAACACCAAAGAAGUUAAAAGGAAAUCAAACAAAAAACCUCAACCUAAAAGGAUACUCAGGGCUCCUGUUUCCUACACAUACGUGAAAGGUUUGUCCGGACUAUCCACAAAAAUUCCCAAAAACCAAGUAUACACCAUGAGCAACGCCUGUGGAUGUAGUAUGCAGUAUAUGGCAGGAUUACAUAGAUAAAUAAAGCUUAAUUGUUAAAUGUAGAUAUCCAGCAAUAUAUUGCAUUAUGGACUCCUAAAAUCAAGACUGUAAGCGAGCGAUAUUAAUUCAUCAUUUGAUAUCGUUCGCAAUUUAUAAAUUAAGACUCGUAUAAUAUAAACUUUUUUAUAACAUUGCUGUAUUGUGUACUUAAAUAUAAAACAAUGUAUACUUUUAUAAAGGGACUCAAUAUUGUUAUUAAAAUAUAUAGAUUUGAGUGAAUUUAAAAUUUAAAAUCACACUUAUAAAACUAAAAGCUAUUUAAUUUAUUGGUAUAGUUUCACAUAAUAAUUAUUUCAGUACGCAUAUGUAGUACAGAUGCACCAACUGUUCACUUGACAUAAUUAGUAUG